AGUUCUUUUUUUGACGCGGAGCCAGUAAGACGUGUUUUCUGCCCUCUUUCUUUGAGUCUGCGACACGUUUUAAGUGCUCUUCCCCCAUUGACAACAACAGCAAAAAUCAGAAUCCAACCAAAAACAUAAAUCCAUCGUGAAAAAAAUUGUUUGUGUUUUUAAAUCAGUUCUAAACACGAAAAGGCUUGAUGAAAAACGCAAAAGAAUCCGAAAAACUAACCAACUAAACUAAACAAACCCUGACUUGAGUGUUGCUUGACAAAUCAAGGAAAAACAAAUCAUAACAAAAAACUGCACAAAAAAUGCGAGAGUUUCUAAUAUUCAAAAUCUUGCACAAGAAAUACAAAAUCAAUUAAAGUGAACUCUAACCGAAAGUUAAAAAAAAAAUAAACAAAAUAAACCAGCGAAGAACAAUCAGAAGAAGAGCGAAACGCUAACAAAGAGCAGGAAGGAAGGAAACGGAUAAGGACAAAAAGGAAGCCAGCACGCACACACACACCCACACAAUGGCCGUGCCCUUUUAUUUGCCCGAGGGCGGCGCCGAUGACGUAGCCUCGAGUUCAUCGGGAGCCUCGGGCAACUCCUCCCCCCACAACCACCCCCUUCCACAUCCGCCCCUCUCUGCGCACUCCCCCAGCGCAUCCUCCACCUCCUCGGGAGUGUCCUCCGCUUCGGGUUCCUCCUCCUCCGGCUCCUCGUCCUCGGACGGCACCAGCAGCGCCGCCUCGCAAUCGCCGAACACCACCACCUCGUCGGCCACGCAGACGCCGAUGCAGUCGCCAUUGCCCACCGACCAGGUCCUCUACGCCCUCUGCGAGUGGGUCAGGAUCUACCAGAGCCAGCAGAGCGCCCCGCAAAUCUUCCAGUAUCCGCCACCGCCGAGCCCCUCUUGCAAUUACAGUGGCGGCGAUGUGUUCUUUCCCCACGGCCACCCAAAUCCGAAUCCGACUCCGCUCCCGCGCACCCCCCGCUCCCGCUCCUCCGACGAGGAGUACUUCUUCCGGCAGCAGCAGCCGCAUCCACAUCCGCCGUAUCCGGCGCCAUCGACACCGCAGCCAAUGCCACCGCAGUCAGCGCCGCCGAUGCACUGCAGCCACAGCUAUCCACAGCAGUCGCCCCACCUGAUGUCGCACCACUUCGGGAUGGGCGGUCACUACUACGCCGCCUACACGCCGCCACCCACACCGAACACGGCCAGUGCGGGCACCUCGACCUCCUCGUCCUCCUCCUCGGCGGCCUUCGGCUGGCACGGCCCCAUCCACAGCCCCCUCUCGUCGACGCCCCUGUCGGCGCCACUGGCGCCCAAGAUGCGCCUGCAGCGCAGCCAGUCGGAUGCGGCCAGACGCAAGCGAUUGACCUCGACGGGCGAGGAUGAGCGCGAGUACCAGAGCGAUCAUGAGACCAGUUGGGAUGAGUUCGACGAUCGCUACGACAACUUUACGGCCGGACGGGAGCGCCUGCAGGAGUUCAAUGGACGAAUUCCGCCCCGAAAGAAGAAGAACUCCAAUAGUGGCUAUUGCAGCAGCAAUAAGAAUCCCAUUUGCCAAAACAACAGCCAGCCCAGUAGCACUUCCCAUGCGGAGAGCAAUGCCACCAUCAACAGCAUCAGUCAGCAGCGACAGGUGGAGCGGGAACGGCAAAAGUCGAAGGCCGAGAAGAAGAAACCACAUAGCUUCACUUGGCCAACUGUUGUGACCGUUUUCGUUUUGGCCAUGGGCUGUGGCUUCUUUGCAGCGCGAUGAAACCGCGGGAGACGUGUAACCGAAUGAUCUAUAGUGAAAUCAUCUAGCGCUUAAGAUAUAUAUGCCGAUCUAUACAUAGACAUAGCGAAAACGUAAAUAAGUGCAACGAAUUUAUUGAACUGCAAGGCCGCAAGCAGAAAGUCAUUAAUUCGUAAACGAAUUGUUAUAUAAAUAUACACAGCCAACAUACAUGCAUAAACCGAAAUAUGUGUAUGCCUAAGAUUAAGAAGGUUGACGGGACACAAGAACAAUAUAUUCUAUCUGUCUAUGGUAACUGCAUUUGUAUUUCUAAAUCGAACGAAACAGAACUUUCCUCAAAGUGAACAAUUUAAACUGCUCAAAGUAAUGAAAACUCUUAGACUGGCAAGAGACUCAAAUCACACUUAUUUUUUUGCUGAUGCAUAUUUUUGUACAACCUUUUGAGAGAUAUUUACAAAUUACACAAGUACAAAAAAAACGGAGAUAAGCAAAAAAAAACUGCCACUUUUUGAGAUACUUUUGAAAAUCUUUGAUUUGCAUUUAAUCAUUUCCACACGUGCAUUUUCUUAAGCAACAACAAAAUUAUUUCUAUUGUAGAACAAAGUAAACAGCAAUUUCAAUGUCUUCGCAUUUGUAAUUCCGAAUUGCAAGCAAAACAAAAAUUAUAUAUAUUUUAAAUAUGUUUAACUAGUAGAAUUUUUAAAUGUAAGCCCACAAAAAAAUCACACGCCUAGCUUUAAUUGUUAAAACAAAAGCAGAGAAAAACGCAACAAAAAAAUGAAUGAAAAAAAAAUUAAAUUAAUUUUGUAUAUAGUUUUAAUGCCAUUUUUGUGAUGUUUUGUGUCUACGUUUUAUGUCAUGUUAUUUUAGUUAAAUUUCUUAUGAUUUAUGUUUACUUGUAAUUUUUUGUCAUUGUUUGUUCAUCAUCAUAUUCAAAUUGGUCUCACAAUAUAGUAGUUUUAAGCUCCACGCCCAGGAAGUUGAUGGCAAUACGAUUGAAAUUUGGCCAGGAGAGAGAUGGUUUUCCCAUUCUUACACAGUCUUUUUUUGGAAUGCACAUAAAUGAUCUCUCACAAUGGAAAUUAAUGAAAAUUGAUCUCCACAGCUAGCCAAAGUAAAAAAAGAGAUGAAGAGGAUAACAUGUUUAAUAGCAAUUUUCACUAUUUGCUUAGAAUUUCCAGGGCGUUUCAAUGCUAAUCGAAUACCGUGACAUGAAAGCAAACAUAGCGAAAAUAAUAAGAAAAAAUCAAUCAAAAAGAAAGAAAAAACAAUUCCCAAAAAUCGCAUUGAUCUCAUGGAUUUAUACAAUACAAAUACAUCAACCGUUUUUUACAAUGAGAAAUGUUAUAAAAAGCAGAAGUGAAACAGAGAAACAGAAACAAAAAUUAACGAAAAGUUUAGCAUUAAGUUCGCCAAGCGUUUUAGUUUUACGUUCUAGAAUGUUUAAGUCGAUUUAGUGAGUUUAUUAAGCUGUCUUCGGACACGAGUUUAUAUGUAUAUAAAGCAAUAUUAUUUGUGUAGCCUAAGUGACAGCCCCAAUCGAAUCCAAUCCAAUCCAACACCCAGUCCCCAGACAAUUCCCAGCAAAACAAUAGAACAUUUUUAUCGUACAAAUGUAUCAAUCUUAAUUUGAAUUACCACAAAACAAAAAAAAAACUACAUCUAUACCCAAUGAAAAAUUAUUUUUGUAAAUUUUUUGCAUCAAAUGAACCGGGAUGCGAGUUGUGGGAUUCAUCCCAUAUCCUUCCUCGGUUUAUUGCUAAUUAGUUUUCACAAUGAUCUCGGUAAAGUUUUGUGGCCUUGCGCCCAGAAGUCGACAAGAUUUUUGGUUUGCCAUAAAUACUCAAACAAAAAGUUUAAAACAAAAAAACGAAGCAAAUGGAAAAAAUAAUCAGAAUGAAACACAAGAAAUUUAUAUUUUUGACCCAAUGCGACUUAAUCCGUUUUUAAAUUUAAGUAUCUUUACUCGACCUUGUAUAUAGCACAGUUCGAAUUAUAGAAUCAAAUGCCAUUUUUUGUAUAGGAUUUUGUUUGGUGCCAAAACAGUGACAAAUAAUUGUCUAUGAACACGUGUAUUUCACAUAUUAUAUAUAUACAUAUAUCGUAACUUCAAUCAUAAGUUUGAUUCAGCAAUUUUGUCAAUUCAAUUUAAGAAAACAUUUCUGUUUUAGUUUAGUUUAGUUCGAAAGCAAAAAUCACUUGUUUACUUGUACAUUUUAUAUUAUGCUGUAAUAUUUUAUUAUACAUAAAUAUCAUUACUGAUCUCAUGAAUAUGUUCAUAAGACAAAAAAAAUUAUAUAUAUGAAUACAUCUAUGUGUAUGUGUAAAUGAAAUAAAUGCGCAUAAAUAUUAUGUAAGAUUUACAAACGAAAAUAAAAGAAAAAAAUAUUUGAAAACAAAAAA